GGGCUCGCAGGAACCACCUCCGAUACCAAGGAGCUACAGCCUUUAGAGAAAAACAAGACUUCCUGGGAGAAAAGAAGGAUUUGGAAAGUUACCUGCCACCAUGUCAGACAGAAGCCCCUUCGAAACGGACAUGAUCACCCUGACUCGCUACGUUAUGGAAAAGGGGCGUCAGGCCAAAGGGACCGGGGAGCUCACCCAACUGCUGAACUCCAUGCUGACGGCCAUCAAAGCCAUCUCCUCGGCUGUGCGCAAGGCCGGCCUGGCCCACCUGUAUGGAAUUGCGGGAAGCGUGAACGUGACCGGGGAUGAGGUGAAGAAACUGGACGUGUUAUCCAACUCCCUGGUGAUCAAUAUGCUCCAGUCUUCCUACAGCACCUGCGUCCUGGUUUCUGAGGAGAAUAAAGACGCGAUUAUCACAGCCAAGGACAAGAGGGGGAAGUACGUGGUCUGCUUUGACCCCCUGGAUGGAUCUUCUAACAUCGACUGCCUGGCCUCCAUUGGAACCAUCUUUGCCAUCUAUAGAAAGACCUCAGAGGAUGAGCCUUCUGAAAAGGAUGCUCUGCAGCCAGGCCGAAAUAUCGUGGCUGCGGGCUAUGCCCUCUAUGGUAGUGCAACCCUGGUGGCUCUUUCCACUGGGCAAGGAGUGGACCUCUUCAUGCUCGACCCAGCUCUCGGUGAAUUUAUCCUGGUGGAAAAGGAUGUCAAGAUAAAACAGAAAGGAAAGAUUUACAGUCUCAAUGAGGGCUAUGCCAAGUAUUUUGAUGCGGCCACCUCAGAAUAUGUGCAGAGAAAGAAAUUUCCUGAGGAUGGCAGUGCUCCCUAUGGGGCCAGGUACGUGGGCUCUAUGGUGGCCGACGUGCACCGCACCCUGGUCUAUGGAGGGAUCUUCCUGUACCCAGCGAACCAGAAAAGUCCUAAGGGCAAGCUCCGGCUCCUGUACGAGUGCAAUCCUGUGGCCUAUAUCAUAGAGCAGGCUGGAGGCCUGGCGACCACAGGCACCCAGCCUGUGCUGGAUGUGAUGCCGGAGUCCAUUCACCAACGCGUCCCCCUCAUUCUGGGGUCCCCAGAUGAUGUAAAGGAAUACCUCUCCUGUGUACAGAAAAGCCAGGAAGGCAGGUAGUGGGUUUCACCCUGAACACUGCCUUUUUUUUUUUCUUGUCCCUUCUAUUAAGGGCCCUAAAUAAAGGAUCAUUGUAAAUAGUGGUGAUGAGUAACAAAAGGCAAAGCCCUCCUGAAUCAUCUCCAGAAGAGCAGCAGCCAAGUGCUCUUCACAGCUGUAGAAGCCAGAGGCAGUUCUGUGCUCAGUGUGAAGGGCUCAAAAUAAAA